UUAUUACAGCUUAAUAAAAUGCUUCCACAGAGUACAAAAGAAUCAACUAAAACAAUAUUAGUUAAAAAUAAUCUUUCUGAAUGGUUUCAAAAUAAUUCAAGAAAACACUAUUUUAUCAAAAUGUUUAUAAACGAAUGUCCUUCAGAAAUCUUAGAAAUUUUAUCUACUAUUCUUGAACCUGUUUUACAUAGAGAUUAUGAAACAGUUGCUAUUGAAGAAUUGAAAAACCAACUGCUAACUAAUAUUCAUUUAAAUUUUUAUGGAGUAUGUAACAAAAAAAGUACAUCAAAAAAUGAUAAUUCUAAUGGUGGUUUAAAGAAAAAAAUAGUUUUUUCAAAUGAGUAUUUAUACAAACAGGGUCUAGCCGCUCUAGCUUGUUGUGAGUAUAAUAAAACAAAAGAAUAUUUUUCAUGGAAUUCUAAAAUGGAAACAUUUUUAAAAGUAAUCAGUAAAAGCGAAGUAUUUGAUUUAAUUUACUUAACUAAUAAAAUUCAGCAUUAUCUAAAAAAAAGAAAAAGUAUGCUACCAGACAAGUUUUUAAUUCAGUGUUUUCAGCUUUUAGAUCAAACAGAUUUGCUAAGUGUUUCCCAAGUUUGCAAACAUUGGGAAAGUUUGAUGCUUCAUGCACAAAAUAAAAAAUGCCACAAAAAAAAACUUUACAAAUUCGGCAAUCAAAAAAUUAAUUGUGAAUAUCUUUUUCAAACAACAAAUAUUUUUGAUACAGAUAAAAAAAUAGAAUUACUAUUAAACAAUCAGCUAAACGUUGAUGUAGCUUGUAAUAUUCAUUCAGAUAAUACUGAAGAAAAGACUUCUGACAAUAAUAUAUAUAUUGAUAAUUUAGUUCAAAGUUUGAAACAAGUUGAACAUGAUGAAGAUAAAGAACCAGAAGGAAAAACAGAAAUCUCCACUGAAGUGAAUGAACUUUAUAAAGCACAGCUUAGUAAAAGUUCUGAAUGUAUUAUUUCCCUUCAAACAACGAAAAAGCCAAAAAGUCUAAAAAAUUAUUCCAAAAAUGCAUACGACAUAAGAACUAAUUGUAGUGAAGAUCUUAUUAAUCAUGUAAAAUCUGAUGAUGGUGUACAACUAGCUCAGUUGUUGAAUAGAACAAGUAUAAAACACCAAGACUCAUUAAAAACUAAACUUAUGCAUAAAUUAACUGAAGUAACAAUUAAUGGCUUAAAGUCUUUGAAGUAUGUCAGAGAAUUAGAAGGUCACACUGAUGCAGUUUUGUGUGUUCAGUUUGAUGCAAAACGUGUAAUCACUGGAUCUAAAGAUAUGUCUGUUAAGCUUUGGGACAUUCGAAGUGGAAAGAAUUUUUUUAACCUCACUGGGCAUCAGGGUGGUGUUCGGUGUCUGCAAUUUGAUGAUUUAUAUAUUAUAACAGGUUCAUGGGAUACAACAGUGAUGAUUUGGGAUGUAAGCAAUUUAUCUCAUAUUAAAACAUUAACUAUUCACAAGGGAUGCGUGUCAUGUCUAGAGAUUUAUGGAGACAUUUUAAUAACUGGAUCACAUGAUAAAUCUAUAUGCAUAGUUCAGAGACAUACAUGGUGUUUGUUGAAAACCUUAUCUGGACACACAGAAUCUAUAUCUGGUUUAAGUAUUCUAUCAAAGAAUUAUUUGCUAACAUCAUCACAUGAUAAGUCAGUUAUACUUUGGGACAUUGUUUUGUUUAAAUUUAUAAGAAGAUUUACACAUCCUAUUAGCUCACUUUUGUGUGUGAAGUUUUGUGGGAAUUUGGUUAUUGCAGGUGCAUUGAAUGGUACAAUUGCAUUUUGGGAUUUACUUUCUGGUUCAUUAGAAGGUGUUAUCAGCGCUCAUGAGGGGCCUGUACAUAGUAUUUGUCUUUGCGGAGAAAGGUUUUUCAGUGCUGGAGGAGAUAGUUAUGUAAAAGAAUGGGACCUUGUUACCUGUUUAUGUAUACGCAAGUUUUGUGGUCAUAAUGGAGCGGUUUAUUGCGUUAGGGCUUCUACCCAACGUGUUAUCACUUCCUCGGAAGAUAAAACUGUAAGAGUUUGGGACUUGGUUCAUAAAAUACCAAAUGUCGGUGAAGCGUCUGAAUAUAGAAAUAACACCAUCAUACAAUCGGAAGUAAUAAACGAAUGCGAGUUGUUAAAUUUGUCGUUUUCAGCACGUGUUGGAAUUUAAUCACUUUAAAAUUUAAAAAGUGUUAUCUGCAAUAUUUUUUCGAUAAACAAAAUAAUAUUUAGAUUUUUUUUAUAAAACAUAUUUUUAAUAA